UAGCAGGUAUAAAACUUGAUAUUAAGCAGCAUGAAACAGACUGAACAGCUCUGUAGUCAGAGCCAGCAGGACAUUCAUCUGUGCGCAGGAAGGAGGUUGACGUGUUUUCCGCAGGCUCAGACCGGGGAAAGUUGUUUCCUGAAGUUGUCACUGAGCGGCUCGUUUCCACACCAGAGUCCUGGAGCUCGAAUGACAUGGCUUCGACGGGUUUCUCCGAGUUUUCUUAGAGAUUUUCCGUCUGCCACCCCUUCGGUGAGUCGCCGUCCCUGCUGGAUGGAGCUGACGGACGGGAAGAUGAGCUCCAGCAGGGAAGACUCAGAGGCGAGUCUGGAGGCCCAGCUAACCGAGUACCGAGCUCAGGUUGAACACUGGCAGGGCGUGGCGACGAUCUGUGAGCUGAGCAAACAGGAGGAACUGGCAGAGCUGCAAAAACAAUGUGAUCAAGAGAUUCAGUCUCUGCAGGAGGCUCUCAGAGAGACGGCAGCACAGUAUGAGGCCAGGAUAGCUGUUCUACAGUCUCAGCCUGCGGAGUGGAGGAGAAGCAGUGGACACAACAUGAUCAGUGGAAGGAAAGGCAGGAUGGAUGCAGAAGUCAACAGUAAUGAGUCCCAGGCUUUGAUCGCCAACAGUCUGACGGACGAUGAGGCAGCAGCAUCGCCGGACAGGACGCACAGCCAACCAGCACAGACAGCAGAUCUUGAGGCGGCGGCUGAGGGAGAAGGAGGUCCACUGAUGACAGAAGGGUAUUUUUCACUCCAGCAGUGUGACUCGGCCUCGCUGUCCUCCUUCUCUUUAGACACGCCAUCUCUGCCCAGAAAACUCCACGCUCAGGAAGACACCGACUCGUUGGUCUCCACAGGAACUUUGGUGCCUGAAGCCAUUUACUUGCCACCAGCUGGACACCGGCUGGUCACGCACAGUGACUGGGAUGCACUCAAUGCUCAGGUGUCAGAGCUGCGAGGGGAGGUGAGUCGGCUGCAGGCGGAGAAAGAGGAGCUGGAGAGAGAACUGGAUACACAGACCAACCACACACACAAACAGGUAUCAAUGCUCCAGACUCAGGUCCACACUUCAGAGGCCCUCCUCCAGGAUUUGCAAAAAUCUUUCAGCCAAUCACAAAAUGCAGUUCAAAGUCGACUGGCAGAGCUGUCCCUGUCUCAGAGGAAGAUGUGCAGCGAGCUGUCCAGGCUGAAAGGAGAAGAGGCCGAGGAGGAUGUACCAGACACUAGCUCAUCUCUACCAGCAACACUGCAUAGCGCGCAUCAUGAGGAGCGCCUUCGCAUUGAGAUCGUCAACCUGAGGGAGCAGCUGGACACUCGGGCAGAGGAGAACGAAGUUUUAGAGGUGCAGCUUUCCAGUCUGAAGGUGGAGACGGAGAGGAUCCAGGCUCAGAAAGAGCAGGUGCAGACUGAGCUGCUGGCCUGCCGCACUGAACUGGAUGCCCUGAGGGUGGCGCUCUCUCAUGUACAGAGCACCAACAAGAGCCUCAGCAAUGAUAAAGCAACUUUGCACCAGCAGUGUCUGGAGCUGCGUAGUCAAGUGAUCAGUCUUCGCUCUCAAGUCGACACCAGCCAGACUGUACAGAGAGACUUUGUCCAGCUUUCUCAGUCACUGCAGGUGAAGCUGGAGUUGAUUCGACAGGCGGAGACUCUGGAACAAGUCCAUAAAAUCCUAGAAGAAGGAGUCAGUCAGGAUGGUUCCCCACCUGUGGAUGCCUCAUGAGUUUUAGAAAAUUGUGUUAGAACCAAACAGCACAGACCAAGAUUUAACAUCACCAGAGUGACCAAGGAAGGUCCACAGGUAAAGUAACCACUGGAAAUGUCACAGCUGGUGCUGCCAGCACUUGUAUUGUGACACUGGAAAUACUGUAAAAAAAAACAGAAGCAUUAUGUUGUUUCAUUGUUGUCUCAGAGAGGAUGGUUUGGUGUCAACUUGUUGCUUAGUGACCAAAGUGAGCUGUGACGAACCAGGAAUAAUUCAGUACCACUGUUUUUACACGAUCCCUAUUUUCUUACAACUACUAACACAUAUAUUCCUGUACUAAUACAUGUGAAUAUAUUCUGUUUGUAAAGCUGACGGACUCAAGCAGAACACUCAACACUUGAUUUUCACUGUGUCAGAACUUCAUAGUAAUUAAUAUGUUUGUGCAUCUUUGUGAAGGACCACAAAGCAAUGGAUCACAGUGCAAUACUAAAGUUAUGCAAACUAGACAUUCACCUAAAUUAGCAGUAUUCAAAUGUGAUUUUAUUAUGUAUGUUCAAGGUGGAGGAAGCCAUUCUAAUUUAAUACACUAUAUGUCAAAUUCAGUGGAUUUCUCCUCUAUUCCAGCUGACCAGCAACAGGAGAUGUUUGUACAUGUAUGCAGGCAGAUUACAUGCAGAGAAUAGUCCUGUGCAUGCAUUUUCUGGAAAAUACGGUGAAUUUAUAAUUAGACGUGUCAACAAGGUGGGCUGCAAAGUGGCGUACUGGUUAGCACUUCUGCUUUUCAGCAAGAAGAUCCCGGUUCAAAUCCUGGCCUGCGAUCUUUCUGCAUGGAGUUUGCAUGCUCUCCCUGUGCAUGCGGGGGUUUUCUCUGGGCACUCUGACUUCCUCCCACAGUCCAAAAAUAUGCUGAGGUUAAUUGAUGACUCUAAAUUGCCCGUAGGUGUGAAUGUGAGUGUGAUUGUUUGUCUGUAUAUGUAGCCCUGUGACAGACUGGUGACCUGUCCGGGAUGUCCCCUGCCUUCACCCGAGUCAGCUGGGAUAGGCUCCAGCACCCCCCGCGACCCUAAUGAGGAUAAAGCAGUGUAUAGAGAAUGGAUGGAUGGAUGUCAACAAGGUAGAACACCUGAAGUGAGAGGCAGUGACAGCUGUUUUCCUCCUCCCCGUUACCAAAAGGAAAGGUUGAGCAAGUAGCCGGCUCCUUUGCACAGCAGCAGGUUACCGUUGAACUCCAGCUCCAUCAGGAAAAGGCUGGAAUCUACAGAAUCUGUGGUUCUCAUUAAAUAAUUAACUCAGUAGUUUUUACUAUGUUUUGGAUGCUGUUUGUGUGUGGUAUUAAUUUGAUGACAUUUUACAAUGUUUGUUUUGCUUCAGCUAUAAAGAAAAGAGGUCCACUUACUCUGUAAAAGGCUAGAAUGUUUCUCUUUCGGUCAGCGACCUACUGUUUUAGUCGUUGGCAGUACACAUCCAUGAAUGUGAUGGCCAAAGUUUCUGAAGAGUUGUGUUUGUUGUGUUUGAGCAUCGGCACAUUUUCUCAGGGAUGGCUUUCUCCACCUUUUGAGUAAUUUUAUUUUUAUUUUAGUGAAGCAUUAACAUUCCUGUCCUUCCUGCAACCAUGAUAGCUUUUAAACUGUAAACAAGUUGAUGAUUGUGGAUUUGGGAAAGGAAUAAAGUGAAAAAUGGUAAAGAUGGUAAA